AUGAAGACCGAGUUCCCGGACCCCGACGACAUCCUCAACUUUGUCCUGACGAUCGACCCCGACGAGGGCAUGUACCGCGGCGGCAAGUUUACGUUUGACUUUGCCAUCAACCAAAACUUCCCGCACGAGCCGCCCAAGGUGCGGUGCAGGGAAACCAUCUACCACCCGAACAUCGACCUGGAGGGCAAGGUCUGUCUGAACAUCCUGCGCGAGGACUGGAAGCCCGUGCUGAACCUCAACUUCCUCUUCCUCGAGCCAAACGCCUCGGACCCCCUCAACAAGGAGGCCGCCGAAGACCUGCGACAUAACCGGGAGGGCUUCAAGCGAAACGUGCGCCUUGCCAUGAGUGGAGGCACCAUCAAAGGCACGGCAUACGACCGAGUCAUCAAAUAG